AGUAGAUGGCGGCAAUAGACCUACACCAAUAGGUGUAUUCUGCCAAACAACCUUAACAAGAAGAAGAAGAAGAAUAUGACAGCGCAGCGGUUGUUAUGGAGAAGCAUUUCCCCCGAGGGCUGGAGAAACAUUGGAGAGCUGGCGUUGGGGACAGAAAGCAGCUGAUCGGUUUCAGACGGGCUGAGAACACGAGCUCGCGCUUCUGUCAGACUGAAUGAACUCCAUAAGUAAGCAACAUGCUUUGUAUUUCAUCGCCAAUACAUUUGAAAGUCGACAUUUGAGCUACGCAAAGCAAACUUUUACCGCGACUGAAUGAGGUUAGGUGUCAGGGGAGGGAGGUAGAAUGUUAUGUAUUCUCAGCAGCACAAUGGAUCCUUGAGACGCCUUGAUGCCGGACUCUUCCUGGUUUCUGAAGCACCACCUGCACUGGCCUAUUACAGGACUAGAAGACUGACAAGUGAUCCAAUCCCAUGCAGCCCCCCACCUCUGACCAACCUCUGCCCUUUCAUUCUCUCGUACUAUUGCACUCUGAAUUAAGGUUCCGUGCAGUAUUAGUUCAAAAGUCUUUAUUUAAAUGUUUUUACCUCAUUGAUAUUGUUUUUUAAUUUUGUUUUUUUAAUAUACCGGGACCUCACGAUACAAUACUUAGGCGCCGAUAUGUACUGUGUUUCUCAUGAUUCUAUAGUUAUUGUGAUUUUAUUGGCAUUUGAUGUUCCAAACAUAUUGUUCACCACAUGUCGGCUGCAGAGAGUCUAGAGAAAGCAUGAUAAAAUGAGUUUUGAUCAUUCAUGGAAAUAAGUGCUGAGAACAUGUUGGCUCAUUAUUUAAGAAGAAGAUGGAGAACAAGUUAUAGGAUGGCGAGUGCUAGUUAACGCUUCCUAGCAAGAAAAAUAAAUUACAAAUCGAAAGUGGCGCUUUAUAAUGGAACUAUAUCGAUUUAUAAUAUUUUUUUUAGCGGCGAUAUGGAUUUAAGGACUGAAAUAUGGUUCAAAGUUAUUUUUCUUCACUUUCUACUGCUAAAAUCCAGAACCAGAUCAGACCAGUGAAACAGGACAACAGAGGGGGGAGGGGGUGGGCAUGGCGGAGCACGGCGAGCUGCUCGGUGAGAUGGCCACGAUUGGGCGUCUGAGCGCCACGGAGCGCUUGAAGCAUGCCCAGAAGCGGCGCGCCCAGCAGCUAAAAGGCUGGGCCCAGAUGGACAAGGACAUGGCCCGCGGUGCGGGCAAGGCCAGCCAGAAAAGCAACAAGAAGGGGCGCACGCGCAGGGUGGUCUUCCCCAACAACAUCACUCUGCUGGAGGCUGCAGCCCGCAAUGACCUGGAGGAGGUGAGGGAGCUGCUGAACGGUGGAGUCAGUCCAGAUCUGUACAACGAGGACGGACUCACUGCCCUUCACCAGUGCUGUAUUGAUGACUUUGUGGAGCUGGUACAGUGUCUGUUGGAUGCCGGGGCCAGUGUGAACGCCUGUGACAGUGAGCUGUGGACGCCGCUUCACGCUGCUGCCACCUGUGGACACACAGACCUGGUGCAGCUCCUUGUGCAGUCUGGAGCAGAGCUGCUGGCUGUCAACGCUGAUGGCAACAUGCCCUAUGACCUUUGUGAGGACGAGGCCACUCUGGAGCUGCUAGAGAUGGUCAUGGCAGAGCAGGGUAUAACCCAGGACCGUAUAAACCGGUGUCGUGGGGCUAAGGAGAUGAAUAUGCUCACAGAUCUUCGAGUGCUGGUUCAGAAUGGAGCGGACCUGAACGCUCAGGAUGACAACGGGGCCACGCUGCUGCACAUAGCGGCGGCUAACGGCUACUUGUUGGUGGGGGAGCUGCUACUGGAGCACCGGGCCAAGGUGGAGCAGAAGGACACAGACGGCUGGACACCACUCCACGCCGCCUCCUGCUGGGGACAGAUUCUGAUGGUGGAGCAGCUGGUGGCUCAUGGGGCCAGUCUCAACACCAAGUCUGUCCUGGAAGAGACACCGUUGGAUGUGUGUGCUGACGAGGAGGUGAGAGUCAAGCUGAUGGAGCUGAAGCACAAACACGACGCAAUCAUGAAGAGUCAUGACCGACACAAGGGCACCUUGCAGAGACGAGCCUCCAGCACUGGCAGCAGAGGUAAGGUGGUGCGGCGUGUGAGCGUCAACGAGCGUUCCAGCCUGUACCGGCGGGAGCACCACAAGGAGGCCAUGGUGUGGCAGGAGAGAGGCCGGCAGGCCGAGCCGCAGGACGACGACGAGGACAGACAGACGGACAACGAGCUCCACCACCACGUUGCCAUGGCUGCAGGUACCAUGUCGAGGCUGGAGAAUGAGGAGGGAGCGGAGAGGAAGUCUAGUCUGGGGAACGGUGGGACGCCCCUUGCCCUCUCGGCAUCUGUCCCAGGGGAGCAGUGGAGUAGAGGCCGGAUGGACCGCAGUGCCUCCUACCAGCUGAGCCCUGCCUCAGGGUCUGGGGGGGAAAGGGACAACAUGACCCUGGAGAAAUCCCACCAGACUCUAGCGGACCUGAAACGCCAGCGGGCUGCGGCCAAGCUCAACAAGUACCCAGCCCCACCUCUACUCCCUCCCUCAGAGGAGGAGCCUCCCUCUCCCACCCCUCUGCAGGAGGUGACCCCCUCCCGAGCCGCCCAGGAGACCCCCAACACAGAGGUGGCCUUUCCCAGCGCUGUGUACUUCACUCCAGCCAGUGGGGACCCGCCCCUGCUCAAACUACGAGCCCCAGAGGAGGACACGUCCAACAUCACCAAGGAGCCCUGCUGUGGAAUCAUGUAGAGACAUACAAACACUCCCAAGCCACAAUGUAGAGACACACAAACACUCCCAAGCCACAAUGUAGAGACACACAAACACUCCCAAGCCACAAUGUAGAGACA